GAUUCUUAUCAAGUUGGUUACAAAUUUGGUAUUCUUAACAAUUGGUAUUCAGCAAAUGAGCUUGAACUAUUAAGUACUCUUGAUUAUCUGAAUCUUAAUAUUGUACCACUCAAUAAUACACUUUCAUUAAGAGAGGCAGAUAUUAGACAAAAUCUUACAUGUUCAACUUAUAAUAUUCAAGAUAAUAAAUCA